AUGGCUUUAUCGACAGUUUUUUUAUCCGACCUGAAGGCUGGCCGUUGCUCCUCCGCCGUCAAGGUGCGAUUGUUCCGGUUCUGGGAGGGAAGGAAUCUUGAUCAACGGGAACUCAUGUGCAUCAACAUGCUUUUGAUCGAUGUAAAUUCCACAAUUAUGCAAGCUAGCAUCAAUGCCAACCGUGUGCCAGUUUACUGGCCAAAACUCGCCGCCGGUUCUAUGUACUCCCUCUCCGGCUUUGAUUUUUGUCGCUGUGCCCAGGAAUUCAUGCUAAGCGAUUCCUAUUUGCAUGAGCUUAACGCUUCAGGUUAA